GCCCUCCAACCCUCCCUCCCGCGUGUUUGCCCUCCCCGCCGUGUAACAUCGACGCAACCUCCAACCACCCCUCCUCACACCUCAGUCGCAACGAGUGCCUUCGAGGCCUGCAGUUCUCGUUCCCCUUGCUCCCUCUCUCAACUCCAAACCAUACUCCGCUCGCACACAAGCCUCACCCACUAGCCUGGCCGCCCACCUACGCUCUUCGCUUCCCCUCGCAGCGGCGCCCUCCUUAGCGCACCGCGUGAAACCGUUCCGCUCACAGACGACUGCGUCAUCCUCCAUCCGACACGCGCACAAUACCACAUUCCUUUCCCCCUCACAGUCGCUUAACACGGCCCUCCCUCACAGACUCAGAUAGCGACGGCAAGCCAGACCACGAAUACUUGCUCCUAUUCUAUACAACGGCGUCCGAAUCCCGGCUUCAGCGGCGUGGAGGCGGAGGGGAGAAGUCGAGCUCAGUGGAGGGCGAAGGCAAUGGUGCCGCGAGCGCUUAGAUGCUCGGUGCGCUCGCCAUGGAACAAUUGAGCACAGCAGGCUCGCAAGAGCUGAAGAAAGAUCGCAGCGAGGCGCAAGAGGAGGCAAUGACUUCACAAUCACCCCCCGUGCAGUCACACUCGGUCACACUCACGAAUGGCGACCUACCUCACGCGCCGAACGGCAUUGUGUCAAAUGGCGCAGCGCAGCCGACGACCUCGCUCGCUUCCGUCAACGGCGAUACUCUCAAGGGGACCCCGACCGAUCGAGACCUCGUCCAGCCCCCUCCUCUAGAUCAGUCAUGGCGCCAGCACGACAGCAACAAAAGCCUUGGCCGGAUGAUCGAGCGUGUCGCGCAAAAGUGCUACAAAGAUCUGAACUCCACCCUCACCAAAAUGUCCGAGAUCCCCGUCGAGCCUUCCGUCAGUCAACUAAACGGCAUCAUCCCGCAUGCUGGAGAAGAUACGGUCGAGGGCAGCUUGAAGAAGAAGCGCCUGCUACUGGAAUUUGCGAAAGAGCAACGAGAUGUCUUCAUCAAGACGCUCGUGCUAACGGAUUGGUGUAGGAAUGAGGAGGAUCAAAGCAGCUUGAUCGAUCUCAAAGUCUGGCAAGAGCAGCGGGGGAAUGCGCAAGAUAGUGCCAUCCGGAUGCUCGGGCAGACGAAGAUGACGAUGAUCAACGCCAAGGUGCCUGCCCCAAAUAUCGAAGGAGCCAUGGAACUCAUGGCCACGGGAAAAGCCUCAGGGGUUCCAGACCUGGCGUACCUCCCUCCAAAGCGCCUCACCGCAAAGCAGCUGCUCAAGACUUUGCGCAACAUGAACGUCAUCCUGGCCACGCGAUUGAACCUGCACGAAGACUUGCCGCCGCACUUUUCCGACUUCACCAUCGCGGAUGGGCGAGCAACAUUCACCGUGCGCGAUGAGUUCGAGGUCGAUCUGUCUGUUGCAGAUGAAGACCCAGCAACCCCGUUCUACUUCAUCGACAUCAGAUUAGCCUUCACUCCUGCUUCCAACAUUCUCAACGAGCAAUUGCGAGGCUACUUGGAGCGGAAAGUCAAUCAAGAGCUGGCCACCAAGGGUCUCAGAGGAUGUUACGAUUUCCUUCACGCCUUGGUCCUCACGCAUAAGAUCAACAUCAUGCGAAGUCAGGGAGCGGGGCUGAUCCGCGGGAAAUGGUUUGAGUGCAUUCGGACUGAGAACAUGAGACGAAGCUUCAUUAUCCAGUACUGGUCUGGCCGACCUGGAAAGAAGUCUUGGAUCGAAAUCGGCAUCUCAAGUGGCAAGCAAGAUGGCAAGGGGUCAAGACGUGCUGUGACUCCGCGAAUCUCAGUGCGCUGGUUUCGCCACGGAGAGGAAAUCAAGGACCACGGACUUGUCUUCGAUUGGCGAGACCUAAACCUGGAACGGUGCCUUUCGAUGGUAAUCACGAAACACAUUGACUGGAUACUGCGCGAUGUCGAGGAACGAAUCCGCGACUCGGCAGCAUCUACAUCGCCUCCAAGCACAAUGCUUGAGCAGUCAGAGGAAUCGCCAUUCUCGUCCGCACUCCUUCUAAAGCAUCCGUCGUUGAAACAACCGCUUCACGUCCGCAUUGAGCCAGUCACAGGCCGGUUCUCCAUCACUCCUCCUUCGCUCCCCGCCGCCCACACCGAACACAGUCUCAAUACAAACGCAAAGUCGGAUGCAGCGAAAGCGUUGACAUCCGUCAUGGGCGCGGUCGCGCAAGAGAAAGUGCAUAGACAGGCCAUGUUGCUUGGGUGGAAGACAACGCCCAAUCUCGCCAAACAGGAUAAUCUACCCAAGCUUUUCGGCCAGGCGGUACGACAUAUCAGCGUCUUCACCCCAAGUAGAGCGUGGGGAAAUCGCUGGGCUCUGGUCGCUACAUUCACUUCUGGUGGUGAGAAGUGGUGGGCUGUGUCGUUGGACGACAAGCGCGAUGAGCAAAGUAAAGUUGUGGGGAGGGUGUUGAUAAGCGCAGUGCCGGUCGGUCUUCCAAACUCACAUGGAGACGAAGAGCCUAUCUCAAGCGCUGUCCUCAUGCGCAUCGAAAUGCUGGCAGUUGCGGAAGCGGCUUUCAGCGCUUUGACCAAGCAGUUGAAGGACAUGAAGAUUCCAUUCACUUUGGAGAAGCUUGUUCAGGACUCCUCAGCUGGCGUAGGCGCGGCAACGAGCACCAGACCGACCGCAGCACUGCUUUUGCAGUUCUCGCCAAUGAUGAAAGCAACAGACAAGAAAGCCGGGAAGCCGUGGGCCGCCGAGCUGGUGCGCCUGACACAUCAUGGCAUCAUCAACGAUUUCUCGGACGAAGAUGCCAACGUGCGACAUGAUCUUCGCCUUACCUUGCAGCCUGGCAAGUUGGACCACCUCCGAGAAUUCAUCACCCAUUCCGCCGACCGAGACGUCGCCAUGAACGACACAGGCGGGCUAGCCCUCCGCUUCCGCACCGCCUUCGGCCAGCCCUUCGCAGCGCAGAUCCAACAGCGCCUCCAGAGCGUGCACCGCCUAGACAACUACAUCGCCACUCUCAAACGCUGCCGCUUCACCUGCGACCACGUCAGCUUAUCGCGCCUGGGUUUCACCUACAACGAGUCCCCCAAACUCGCCGCCGAGCUCCUCUUCUCCAGCGACAAAGCGUCGCCCGUGCGGCUGAAGCUCGAGCCCUCGUCCAGCAAUCCCCACCAACUCCUCCGCGUGCUCCUUGAACAGGAUCUCAACGACAACGAAGCCAACAGGCUAGAAGGUGCGGGCUUCGCCACUUUCUGCUUCAUGCUGAAAUUCAGCCUGCCAGUUCUGCAAACCGUGCAGCGCUUACAAUCCUCGCACCCCGCAAAACACACCCUGACCCUCCACCCACGAAGUUCCGCCUGGUAUAGUCUGAAAUACCUCGCUCCGCUCCCCGACAUCGUCUUCCAGCUGCGCGCAAGGAAGAGAAUCGAAAGUGGGGGCGCGAGAGUCAUGAAGUGGCACGUUGAGCCCAGCGGCACUUCCUCUCCUUCUGCGAAGAAAGACAUCGUGCCGCAAGAACUGAACACGGCGCUCAAGGAGCUGUGGAAGACCGAUGGCGAGCACUGGGAUGGCUUGGGUUCAGGCAUCGUGGCUGAUGCAGAUGGAAUCGGAACUGUGAUUGAGAAGGUUGAUGAACUUGUUCGCCGCUUCGAACGGCCGCCGGGUGAGGAGUCGAAGGCUGCUGCUGCCGCUGCUGUUGCUCCUUCUGCUGCUCCUGCGGUGGAGUCUAAAACCGAAGCACCGCCGACGCAGCCGUCUCAGAACCCUCAGUCGAGUCCUUCGAAGACGAAAGCGGCGGCAGCAUCGAAGACGACUGUCAAGGCAGAACCCGACGUCAUCAUGCUGGAUUAAGCUGGGCUGGAUAUGCGGGUGUGACAGGAGGGAGGGUCGAGGUAUUAGCGACGGCGUUGGCCAUCUGGACGAUUUGCGUUCACUUUUCUUUUUUCGGGUGGACUUUUGUUUAUUUUGCACUUAUACCAAAUGCGCACGGCUCUAGAACGGAUGGCUGAUCCGAAGGGGUUGCGCAGCGCGGAGGCUGUGGCCUUUCUUGCUUUACAUGCGGCGGGUCGAAUGUACGAGUGUAAUGACGACGAGUGGCCAGAUGGGGACAUUAGGCAAGGCAUAAUAGAGGAAGCUCACGUAUGCAAGUUGAGACCAU